AUGGCAGGAGUUGUAUUAAUCUCGUCAAGCAUUGUUCGACCAAUAAACAACAGUCAAUCGGGUCGAACAAAGAUUCAUCUAACUCCAUUUGAUCUCAGCCUUCUUCAAUUCGAUUAUCCUCAAAGAGGUCUUCUCUUUCCCAAACCGGAUUCCGAUUUCCACUUCAUCUCUCGUUUAAAAGCCUCUCUCUCAGUUGCCUUGGAGAUCUACUUCCCUUUCGCGGGUCAUCUCGCGAAAGUGGAGAAUCAAGAAGACAAUACGGUGUCGUUUUACAUAGACUGCGAUGGCCCGGGCGCUAGAUUUCACCACGCCGAAGCUAAAUCCGUCUCCGUGAGUGAUCUUCUUCAACCUCAAGGUUCUGUUCCUGAUUUCAUAAGGCACUUCUUUCCCGCUGACAAUUUCAAGAGCUGCGACGUCUCGGCGCCCUUGCUUGCUUUACAAGUCACCGAUAUGAAAGACGGAGUCUUCAUAAGUUUUUGUUACAACCACUUAGUGGCAGAUGGUACUUCGAUGUGGAGUUUCCUCCACACUUGGUCCAAGAUUUGCUCGAGUGGUUCAGGUUCUGAUCAUAAGCCAUUAGUUCUCAAAAGAUGGUUCCUUGACGGGAUCGAUUACCCGAUCCAUAUUCCGGUUUCCGAGACGGAGAAGCCACCAUCACCAAGUAGUGAACUUUCUUCAGUGCCUAUCACGAAAGAUAAGGUUUUUCACUUCACAAAGAAGAAUAUUUCAGAUCUCAAAGCUAAAGCCAACAACGAGGUCAGCUCUAAUGACCUGAAAAUCUCAUCACUUCAAGCGGUUUCCGCGCAUAUGUGGAGGUCAAUCAUCAGGCACAGUGGUCUGAGCCGAGAAGUAGAGACGUUUUGCAAAGUAGCGGUUGACUUGAGGCAGAGGCUAAACCCUCCGCUCGAGAAAGAGUGUUUUGGGAAUAUGACAUAUCUUUCACCAGCUAUAGCUACCGUGGAAGAGCUGCUGGAUCGUGGCUUGGGAUGGACUGCUAUGCAAAUAAGUAAAUUAGUGAGCUCGCAAACGAAUGAAAACUGUAAAGGUUUUGCAGAGGAUUGGGUUAGAAAUGUGAAGAAUCUAAAAUCAGGGGUUAAGAGUAAAAUGGCUGGUGAUACAAUAAUUGUCUCAAGCUCUCCCCGGUUCGAAGUGUACAACAAUGAUUUCGGUUGGGGAAAACCGAUUGCGGUGCGAGCUGGACCGGGCAAUAGUAUCAGUGGCAAGCUCGUGCUUUUUCCGGGAAUCGAUGAAGGAAGUAUUGAUGUUCAGGCAACCUUAUGGUCUGAUGUACUAGUGAAUCUACUAGCCGAUGUUGAAUUCUUAGAGAAUGUGACUUCUGUGUGA